UCAGCUCUGUGCUCAUUGGACAGCGUCUCUGGUCCCGCCGUCAGCAUCCAGACUGAACUGGCUCUGGAGCAGCUGGAGCAGAAACACAACCAGGAGCUGCAGCAGCUGCACAUCCAGCUCGAGACGCAGGUGAACUACUACGAACGCAGUCUGGAUCUGAUGAGGCAGAGUAUGGAGGUCGAACGUAAAGACAUCUCUCAGGCCUUCAAGCUGGAGAUCAGUGAGCUGGAGGAGCAGAAAGCUCAGGCGGAGCAGCAGGUGAAGCAGCUGAAGGAGACUCUGGACAAACUGCAGACUCAGAUCCAACAUGGAGGAGGAGGAGGAGGAGGAGGAGGAGGGUGGAGCAACGAGCAGGAGCGCAGAAUGCAGCGGGAGCGGGCGGAGCUGGAGCAGAACUUUGCCAGAGAGAUCGGGAACCUGGUCCAGAGGCUGAGUGCUGAGAAGGAUCAGCUGGAGGCCGAGCUGAAGCUGAAGAUGGACCAGGAAGUGAUGGUGGUCAGGGAGGAAACGGAGCAGCAGCUCUCUCAGAUGAAGCUGCAGCACGCCGAGGGUCAGCGCCGCCUCCUCCACCAGCUCCACCGGGAGCGCCAGUGGCUGCAGGAGCAGAGGGGAUUCUGGGAGAACCGGCUCGCCCAAUCAGAGCAGGAGAAGCUGCAGUGCGAGAAGAGAGCUGGGGAGGAGCAGGCCAGGAUCUGCAGUCAGUUCUCCUCAGAGAAGAAGAGGAUGGAGGAGCAGCAUGAGGAGGAGGUCCGUCAGCUGAAGGAGACCAUACAGAACUCCCAUCUGCAGAUCAGCCAAUCAGAGGCCAGUUUAGAGGAGCUCAGAGAGCGCUGUGGUCAGUUAGAGGACGAUCUUAAAGCUUCUCGUGGGCGUUGUUGUGAGCUGGAGGCCAGACUGGAGGAGGCUUGCACUCAGCUGGAGGAGAGCAUCACCUUCCUGGAGUCUCAUGAGGUUUUAAAUAAACGGCUCGCCUCAGAGAAGAGCUCCGUAGAGGAGGAGCUGCAGCUGGUGAAGACCGAAGAGGAGCAGCUCCUGGUUCAGGUGACCCAGCUGAAAGAGGAGCUGGGAAACCUCCGGGCUGCGUCCGACAGCAUCCUGCAGGACCGGGAGGUGGUGGUGGACAACUGCAGCCGCCUGUCCAACGCCUUCGUCCAGCAGCAGGCGCAGCUCAGAGCCAGAGAGCAGACCGCCGGCGCCCUGAGGGCCGAGCUGGAGAGUCUACAGGAGGCCAUGAGGAACAAAACUGAAUGUCUGUCCAGACUCACCGCUGAGCUGGACUCGCUGAAGACCGACCGCGACAGGCUGAUCCAGGACCUGAAGGACCAGGCCAUGGCUGUGGACACCCUGCAGCUGGAGCUGGACGGUGUCUCUGAGGAGUUAGACAAGAGGAGGAGCGCUGAGGCGGGUCUGCAGGAGGCUCUGAAGCAAGAGCAGACCAGGAGCUCGCAGCUCCGGGCCAGUCUGGAUGAGGAGCAGGAGGAGGUCUGUCGUCUGAGCCAGGAGAACGGGAGCUACACACGGCUGGCCGACCAGCUCUCCACCCAGAUCGUAGAGAUGGAGGAGGAGAUCACCACACUCAGAGACCAUCUCAGAGAGCUCAGCUCCCAGCUCAACGACACCGCAGACCUGGUCCUGGACCUCAGGAGGCAGCUCAACGCCAAAACCAGCGAGGUGGAUCGGCUCCGGGCCGAGGUGGCGGACGCCGCCAACCGCUUACGUCAAACCAAAGCCUCCUCAGAUAAGCAUCACCGCAACGUAGAGCAGCUGACCAACCGGCUGGAAGCGAAGGACAGAGACCUGAACCUGGCCAGACAACAGGUCCCCCAGCUACAGCAGGCCCUGCAGGACUCCCAGAACCAGCUACAGCAGGCCCUGCAGGACUCCCAGAACCAGCUGAGGACGGCGCAGGAGGACUUUGAACAGGAGAAGAGGGUGAUGGUGCAGCAGCUGAUGGAGCUGGAGAAGCUGGUCCUGGCCCUGGAGGAGGUGAUGGACCCGGGGAGUCCACACAGGUUUGUGGAGCAUGAGACCGACUCAGGGAUCCAAAACCUGGACUCAGCUUGGAAGGAGGUUUCCGACUGGAGGAAACGGAGCCUCUUCAGGAGCGACUCAGCCCUGUUGCCAGCAGGGAGAAGUCCCGAACCUGGAGGACGAAUGUCACCAAGAAAGAGGAGGAAACUGGAGGAGCUGGAGAGAGAGCACGACAGGAGCAGAGAAGAGGAGGAGAGGCUCCACAAAGAGAACUCCAGAUAUCGUGAAGAGGUUCUGGACCUGAGCAGCAGGAACUUGCAGCUCAGCAACGACAACGCGGAGCUGAGCGCCCGUCUCCGUGGAGACCAGGAGUCUGUCCGGAUGCUGCAGGAGCGCCUGGCAACGGUCUCCAAGGAGCAGGAGGAGGAGGGAGCUUCGGUGCGGCGGCUGCAGGAUGCGGCGCUGCAGCAGGAGAGAGAGAAGCUGCAGCAGCAGGCGGUCUGGACGCAGGAGAGACAGCUGCUGGAGAGAGAGCUCCAGUCCUACAAGGAGAAGCUGGCUCGUCUGUCGGAGGUGGAGGCGGAGCUCAGCAGUGUGACUCUGAAGCUGCAGUGGUUGGAGGAGGACAAGACCAAACUGCUGAGAGAAGCCGACGACCGGAACAAGAAGGUGGAGAAGCUGCAGCAGUCGGCGCUCUCUCUGGAGUCGGAGACCGAGCUGCUUCGCUCUCAGCUCCACGCCGUCAAUCAGGAGAAACUCGGCCGCGCCCAGGAAGUGACUGACCUGCAGAGGAAGCUGCAGGACGCUCAGGAGAAGGUGGAGGAGUUGGAGAGCGGCGUCAGGAAGCUGAUGAGGGAGAAAGAGGAGCUCCAUCAGGCUCUGGAGGAGCAGGAGGAGCAGACCUCAAUCUCUCAGCAGGAGGAGACCCACAAACUGAGAGUCCAGAACCAGGAGCUCCAACAUAAGCUGUCGGAGCUGCAGGUCCAGACCCUGGAGGUCCAGAAACUGACCCAGGAGCAGCAGAACCUGAAGACCAAACUGAACACGGUGGAGACGGCGCGGUCGCAGGCUCAGGACCAGGCGGCACGGGCUGACGCCGCCCUGGGUCUGGUCCAGGCGCAGCACCUGCGGCGGCUUCAGGAGCUGCAGGAGCGAGCAGGUGACGGCUGCAGGGAGCAGGUGGUGCUGCUGCAGGCCCGGCUGCUGGAGGAGCAGAGGAGGAGUCAGCAGCUGGAGGAGACGCUGAGGCUUCAGAGCCAGCAGAGCAGCUCCCAGAUCAGCAUGAAGCAGGAGCAGUACGAGAAGGCGAUGUCGGCCCUGCAGCAGAGGAUGGAGGAGCUGGAGACCAAACUGAAGGGAGUCCGGAUGGUUCUGCAGGAGAAAGUCCAGCAGCUCAAAGAACAGCUGGCGAAGAACACGAAGUCCAGCGUGCUGCUGAAGGAUCUGUACGUGGAGAACUCUCAGCUGAUGAAGGCGCUGCAGGUCACCGAGCAGCGGCAGAAGAACGCAGAGAAGAAGAACUUCCUGUUGGAGGAGAAAGUCAACGCACUCAACAGACUGCUGAGAGAGAUCGUCCCCGCCUCGCUCGCCACGUAGCUGCUCAACGCCCCCGAGAACCAGCAGCUGGUCCGAGAUCAGUUUCACUAAAGCAGCUUCAGCACGGGAGGGUGGCUUUAGCCUAGCUUAGCACAAUGACUGGACACAGGUAGGAACUGUUAGCCUAGCUUAGCACAAUGACUAAAUGAUUUUAAUGAAUCAUUUCAGAGUUAAAACGAACGCAAAGAUCAAUAAACAAAUAAACCUCCGAUAUGGACCUUUCAGAAUAAAAUCAGCGCAGUUAAUGUUAAUUAAAGAUAAUUCAAAUGUAAUUAGUCAUUAAAGAUGAACGAAUGCACAGAUUGACAAUCAGCCAAUCAGAGCAGAGUAUAAAUCAGGAUCAAUAAAGUUACAUUAAUAUAUUUUAUAUUGAUCCUCUGAGGCCUCCGUACUUUCUCAGAAUCACGUUUCCACCAAAUUACAUUCAGAUUAUCAUCGACUUUACUCUGCUGGUAGGAGAUGAUCACAAACUGAGCAGGUGUGUUCAGUCUGACUCACAGGUAAAGAAGGUGAAGGUCAGUGUGUGUGGGGGCGUGGCCUUCUGGAUGAGUCAUCACCUGCCUCACCUGUAACCUGUAACAACCCCUAUUGAACAGGUAACAGGUGUGUCUGCUCUCCUCCCUGAAGCUGCUUUACACUGAAACUUUAUUCUUAGAAAGGAAAAAACCAGUCUGACCACACACACACACACAGUAACACACACACACACACACAACACAAACACACACACACACACACACAGUAACACACACACACAGUAACACACACACAGGUAUUGCAGCCAUGAAGGUAUUACUGAAGGUAUUAUUAUUAUGUUACUUAAUGUUUUUAUAUAUUUGUUAUUUUAAUGUGACAGUGAGACUUUAUUUUGAAGGUCUGCAGUUUUCCAGCUUCCUGUUCAGGUACAACAGACCAAAGUCUCCAUGUAUGAUACUGUAACAUGAAACCACAUUAAAUAUUAAAUUAUGUUUUUAUCACCGUU